AUGCGCUUGGAAAGUGCCUUCGAAGUUUUCCUGGUUCCUAAUGAGAAAAAGGCUGCAUACUUAUUACAUUACAUGGGACCUGAUGCCUACGAUGUUCUCUGCGACAAAGUAUCACCUGAAAAUCCAAAUAAUAUGGAAUACAAUGACCUAAUUAAGGAAAUGAAACAACAUUACAAUCCUGAACCAUUAGAAAUUGCAGAAAACUUUCGAUUCUUACAAAGGAAACAGAAUGAAGGGGAAAGUGUUCAACAAUACUUAACUACUUUGCAACGUUUAGCUACGACCUGCAAAUUUGGUGAUUAUCUUAAGAAAGCAUUGAGAAAUCAAUUCGUGUUUGGCCUGAGAACACAAAAUAUUCAAAGUCGUUUGUUGGAAAUGAAGGACCUGACUAUAGAGAGGGCUCUAGAAGUAGCUAUCAGUAUGGAAACAUCAGCAAGAGAUGCGGCACAACUACACAGAAGCAAUGUGGCAAGUGCAAGUGUAAACAGUGUUAAGUGUGAAAAAGGCAAUAAUGACCGAUUUUCAUCUAAAAGGGCUUUUGCAAAGUCUUCAUCAAAUAAUUCCAAAAAUGUUAAUUUUAAAAAUUAUUGUUACAGGUGCGGAUCUCCCACACAUUUUGCAAAUAAAUGCAAGCACAUUACCACUAUUUGCUCCAAAUGCAAGGUCAAGGGUCAUCUGGGAAUGGUUUGUUUCAAAAGUAAAAAUACAGAAAGUACAAAUCAAAUUGAAGAACUAUUUUCUAUUGAAUCCGAACAUAUCGAUUACAGGGAAAAAUUUAUGGUCAAAAUUAAAAUUGAAGGUAAAAUUUUAAUUUUUGAAGUAGACAGUGGAGCUGCUGUAAGUAUAAUGAGUUAUUCUAUGUUCAAAAAUUUCUUUCCUACUUUACAAAUUAAAAAAACUGAUUUAAAACUAGUCACUUACUGCAAGAAAGUGUUAGAUGUUGUGGGCUAUUCAAGGGUGGGUUGCAUUUAUGAAACUGAAACUCACAUUUUGAAUUUAUACAUUGUUAAUACCGAUCGAAAACCUAUUUUAGGCCGUGAGUGGAUACGUCAAUUGAACAUUAAAUUACAAAAUAUUAAUCAAAUUUCCGUUAUGAAUACACCUGAAAAUAUUUUACAAAAAUACCCAAUAGUUUUGGAAAAAUCAAUGGGUAAAAUUCUUAAUAUUCAAGCUCGUCUUAAAUUGAAAAAUAAUGCAACACCUGUUUUCAUCAGAGCUAGAAAGAUUCCAUUCGCUUUACAAUCCAAAGUGGAAGAAGAAUUGUUGAAUUUAGAAAAGGAAGGAAUUUUAGUAAAAGUCAUGCGUUCUGAGUGGGCUACACCCAUUGUACCGGUUGUAAAAGCUAAUGGGAAAAUUCGCAUUUGUGGUGAUUUCAAAAUAACCUUAAAUCCAAACCUCAUUAUAGAUGAGUAUCCUCUACCUUCCAUCGAAAAUUUAUUUUCCACUAUGGCUGGGGGAGAUAAGUUCACGAAAUUAGAUUUACAACAGGCCUAUUUACAAUUAGAAGUACAUCCGGAUGAUCAAAAAUUUUUAACAUUAAGUACACCUAAAGGACUUUUUCAAUGUACUCGAUUAAUGUAUGGGGUUGCUAGUGCGCCUGCUAUUUGGCAACGCCUGAUAGAAAAUUUGCUGAAAGAUAUACCCGGUGUCUCAGUAUUUUUAGAUGACAUCAAGAUAACAGCCCCUGAUGAUAAUACACAUUUCGAGAGACUGGAAAAAGUUUUAUGCAGACUUUCAGAUCAUAAUAUAAGAAUUAAUUACGAAAAAUGCGAAUUUAUGAAAGAUAAAAUAGAAUAUUGCGGCUAUGUUAUAGAUAGGUCGGGCAUACAUAAAGCGAAAAAGAAAAUGGAUGCAAUCCAAAACGCAAAAAUACCUACUAAUAAAACUGAAGUCAGGGCUUUUACAGGUUUAAUCAAUUAUUACGGAAGAUUUUUAGAAAAUCUUAGUUCAAAAUUAUACCCUAUAUACAAUUUAUUAAAAGAAGGUGUAGAUUUCAAAUGGGACAUUAAAUGCCAAAGAGCAUUCGAUACUGUCAAGAAAGAAAUUAGUUCCGAUCGAGUAUUGGCUCAUUUCGAUCCUCAGUUAACAUUAAUUUUGGCUACUGAUGCCAGUCCCUAUGCGGUUGGCGCAGUACUUUCACAUGUUUAUCCAGAUGGUACUGAAAGACCUAUUCAAUUCGCUUCACAAGUUUUAUCGACAGUUCAACAAAAAUAUUCACAAAUUGAUAAAGAAGCAUAUAGCAUUAUUUUUGGUGUCAAGAAAUUCUUUUAUUACCUUUAUGGUAGACGUUUCACCCUUACUUUUGGUCUACCAGCUGUCUUAGUUAGCGAUAAUGGACCCACUUUUACGUCCUUUGAAUUCAAGAAUUUUUUGAGAGAGAAUGGAAUUUUUCACAAGUUCUCACCUCCAUAUCAUCCUGCUACAAAUGGAUUAGCAGAACGAUAUGUUCAGUCUUUCAAGGGUGUUUUAAAAACUCUGGGACAAAAUGAGAGAGACAUCGAAUUGAAUUUGUCUAAAUUUCUUAUUAAUUACCGAAAAAUGCCUCACACCAUUACCGGAGUGAGUCCUUCUUAUCUUAUGUUUGGUAGGGAUAUUCGAACAAGACUUGAUUUAAUUUUGCCUCCAAAAAAAUACGGACUAAAUAUUUCUAAAAAUACUGAUUUUAGAGUUUUCAGAGAGGGGGAAAGAGUCAUGGUUAGGGAAUACCUGGGGUUCGAUAAAUGGCAGUUUGGUACUGUGAGAAAGAAGUUGGGAAGUUUAAUUUAUUUAAUCGAAUUGGAUGAUUCUCGAGUUUGGAAGCGCCAUGUCGAUCAAAUGCGUUCCAUGGGUGAGGACACACCUUUGAAAAUUAGCAACACACCAUCUAACACAUUUAUUGAGCUUCCUACGAUAUUGCCUUCAGCGAAAAAUAAUGACAAUGAUUAUGUUGCUGAAAAGCAAAAUACUUUGGACGGAAAUGUUGUCCAAAAUAAAGAAAUUAAACCAGAUGGUGUACCACUAAAACCAGAAAUUCCAGAUGACGCUUGUACCCUAAGGAGAUCUACACGAUUGCGUAAAGCACCCUCACGAUUGGGAAUUGAAAAUUGUACUUAA